CUGAUUAUCUUUCAUUCUGCAGUUGUCUCAGGUAACUGAUGGCCAUGCAAGAAAAAUACCCAAAUGACAGGUCUCCUCAUGCUGCUUCACCAGGUUCCAAUGUGACUCAAAAAGGCAGUUCUCUGGGGACUGAAUGGCAGACACCGGUUAUCUCAGAGGCCUUUCGGAGCCGCUUCAGCCGCUGCUCAAGUAUAGCUGACAGUGGGGACACAGCCAUUGGGACAUCAUGCUCAGACAUUGCAGAUGAUUUUUGCAGCUCAGGCGGCAGCCCUUCUUUCCAACCAAUCAAAAGCCACAUAACCAUUCCAACAGCCCAUGUGAUGCCUUCUACUUUGGGGGCCUCUCCUGCUAAACCAAAUUCUACUCCCUCUGGGCCGCCUUCCUCUAAACUCCCCUUGCCAGGGUUGGCUGAAGGUGUGGGGAUGACAAGAAAUGGAGACUUCGGUGCAGUGAAACGUUCUCCGGGCCUAUCAAGAGACUUCAUGUAUCUCCCUAGUGCUGUUGGAGAAAACGGGAUUCAGCAGUCCUGGUUUCCAGCAGUCGGCCAUGAAAGAGAAGGGGAGAUGAGGAAGUUUGAUAUUCCUAGCAUGGAGUCCACUCUUAACCAGCCAGCCAUGGUAGAGACAUUCUAUUCAGAUCCCCAUUCCCGAGCCCACUUUCCCAACCCAAGAUCUGAUACAAAUAAGGAUGUAUACAAAGUAUUGCCAGAAUCCAAGAAGGCACCAGGCAGUGGUGCAGUGUUUGAGCGGAAUGGGCCACAUGCUAGCAGCACUGGGGUACUCCCUUUGGGACUUCAGCCAGCUCCUGGGCUUUCCAAGUCACUAUCCUCUCAGGUGUGGCAACCAAAUCCUGACCCUUGGCAUCCUGGAGAACAGUCCUGUGAACUCAGUACCUGUCGACAGCAGUUGGAAUUGAUUCGUUUACAGAUGGAGCAAAUGCAGCUUCAGAAUGGAGCCAUCUGUCACCACCCUGCUGCCUUUGCGCCUCUGCUGCCCACCUUAGAGCCAGCACAGUGGAUCAGCAUCUUGAACAGUAAUGAGCAUCUCUUGAAGGAAAAGGAGCUUCUCAUUGACAAACAGAGGAAACAUAUCUCUCAGCUGGAGCAGAAAGUCCGAGAGAGUGAACUACAAGUCCACAGUGCCCUUUUGGGCCGCCCUGCACCCUUUGGGGACGUCUGCUUGUUGAGGCUACAGGAGUUGCAGCGAGAGAACACUUUCUUACGGGCACAGUUUGCACAGAAGACAGAAGCCUUGAGCAAAGAAAAGAUGGAGCUCGAAAAGAAACUCUCCGCUUCAGAAGUUGAAAUUCAGCUCAUCAGGGAGUCUCUCAAAGUGACACUACAGAAGCACUCGGAGGAGGGGAAGAAGCAGGAGGAGAGGGUAAAAGGCCGUGAUAAACACAUCAAUAAUUUGAAAAAGAAAUGUCAGAAGGAAUCAGACCAGAACCGGGAGAAGCAGCAGCGAAUUGAGACAUUGGAGCGCUACCUAGCUGACCUGCCCACCCUAGAAGAUCAUCAGAAACAGACGGAGCAGCUUAAGGAUGCUGAGUUAAAGAACGCAGAACUGCAAGAGAGAGUGGCUGAGCUGGAGACUCUGCUGGAGGACACCCAGGCAGGCUGCAGAGAGAAGGAGGUUCAGCUGGAAAGCCUGAGAAAGAGAGAAGCGGAAUUCUCCACUAGACAUAGCUUGCAAGAUAAACAGUCUAUGGAAGAAGCCAGUGAAGAAGGCCUCAAAGUGGAAAUGGAAUCCCAGCAGAAGGAAUGUGAUUCCCUCCGAAAGGUUGUGGAGAGGCAACAGCUGAAGAUAGAGCAGCUGCACUCUCAAGUCCAGAGCCUAAAGCAAGAACUGGCUCAAGAAGAAGGAAUAAGCCAGGCCGUGAGAGAGGAAGCGCAGCGCAGGGAGACGGCCCUGCAGCAGACCCGCACAGCUGUGAAGGAGCUCUCGGUGCAAAACCAGGACCUGAUUGAGAAGAAUCUGACACUGCAAGAGCACUUGCGACUGGCCCAACCAGGGUCCUCAUCGUCACCAGACACAGCCCAACUAGCAUAUGAGCUGCACCAGGAAUUGGCCAGUUGCCUUCAAGAUCUGCAAGCUGUAUGCAGCAUUGUGACCCAGAGGGCCCAGGGCCACAACCCUAACCUCUCUCUGCUCCUAGGCAUUCACUCCACCCAACACCCAGGGACUCAACUGGAUCUGCAGAAGCCAGAUGUGAUGAGGAAAAAACUAGAAGAGGUUCAACAGCUUCGUCAUGACAUUGAGGACUUAAGGACCAGCCUGUCAGACAGAUAUGCUCAGGACAUGGGAGAAAACUGUGCCACACAGUGAGGAGUGCCAGGGAGGACCUGGCCUGCUACUAGCCUUGCCAGAAGGUUCCUGCCCUGACUGACAGUCCUGCCUCUGCUGCUGCACCCAGAGGGGAAAGCCUGUAUGUGGGGACAGGGUUGUGAGAAGCCACCCUGGCUUGCUGUACACUGGCUUUGUCUUGUUCGGUUAUGUUUUGCUGGUUAUCUUAAUUCACUCUUAAAGGCUGAGUUACUAAUUAACCUUUUCACAGAUUGAAUAGUAAAGUUCUCACAGGCUGUUCCCAGCCCUAACCUGCCAUCAGAAGCCAACAGGCUGCUCA